GUGGAGCACAGGAUGAUCCAGCAAUGGAGGAGAAAAUACUGCAAACUGGCUGAUUGCUCAUGAAGAUGAUAUUUUAUUUUUGUGACAGGCAUCUGUGCGAUCUGUAAUAGAAAUAUAAGUGCAGUCUUUUCAAAAACUUACUAUCAUUUUGAACCUUGCCUGUUGAGGAACCAAGGACACAGAAAAAAGCAGAUGGCUGGCGGUGGUGAAAUUGAUCACUCAAUAAACAUGCUUCCUACGAACAGGAAAGCAAAUGAGUCCUGUUCUAAUACUGCACCUUCUCUAACUGUCCCUGAAUGUGCCAUUUGUCUGCAAACAUGUGUUCACCCAGUCAGUCUGCCUUGCAAGCAUGUUUUCUGCUAUCUGUGUGUGAAGGGAAAUUCAUGGCUUGGAAAGCGAUGUGCCCUUUCUCGACAGGAAAUUCCCGAGGAUUUCCUUGAUAAGCCAACCUUAUUGUCACCAGAAGAACUCAAGGCAGCAAGUAGAGGAAAUGGUGAAUAUGCAUGGUAUUAUGAAGGAAGAAAUGGCUGGUGGCAAUAUGAUGAGCGCACUAGUAGAGAGCUGGAAGAUGCUUUUUCCAAAGGUAAAAAGAGCACUGAAAUGUUAAUUGCCAGGUUUCUGUAUGUUGCUGAUCUUGAAAAUAUGGUUCAAUAUAGGAGAAAUGAACGUGGACGUCGCAGGAAGAUUAAGCGGGAUAUAAUAGAUAUACCAAAGAAGGGAGUAGCUGGACUUAGGCUGGACUGUGAUGCUAAUACCAUAAACCUAGCAAGAGAGAGCUCUGCCGAUGGAGCGGACAGUGUAUCAGCACAGAGUGGAGCUUCUGUUCAGCCUCUAGUGUCUUUUGUAAGGCCCCUGACAUCAGUAGAUGGUCAGUUAACAAGCCCUACAACACCAUCCCCUGAUGCAAGCACUUCUCUGGAAGACUCUUUUGCACAUUUACAACUCGGUGGAGACAGCAUAGCUGAAAGGAGUCAUAGAGGGGAAGGAGAAGAUCAUGAAUCACCGUCUUCAGGCAGGGUACCAGCACCAGACACUUCCAUUGAAGAAACCGAAUCAGAUGCCAGUAGCGAUAGUGAGGAUGGAUCUGCGCUUGUUGCACAACACUCCUUGACCCAACAGAGACUUUUGGUUCCUAAUCCAAACCAGACAGUAUCUGAUCGAUCUGAUCAAUCAGGAACUGAUCAAUCAGUGGCAGGGGGUGGCACAGUGAGUGUCAGUGUCAGAUCAAGAAGGCCUGAUGGACAGUGCACAGUAACUGAAGUUUAAGUAAAAAAGUUUUCACAUCCAUGC